GUGACUCUAAGGGCAGAGGAAGGAAGAGCGGCGCCGGGCCGUGAUCCUCCAGGAUCUGCCCCCACCCCGGCAGCCGUUUGGCGCCUUUUCUCCUCCGUGCCCCAGGCGCCUCUGGGCGCAGUGGGAGGGAGGGCUCUGUGCCUAGGCUUCGCUCGCGCUGCACCUCCCAGCUCCCAGGCUUUUGCCUCCCCCCCACCCCCCCCCACACCGCUGAGGGGUUUGGGAGAGAAGUGCGUACGUGAUAGAGGAAGUGACGUGAAAACCGUCUGGCAUAAAGGCGGUGGAGUGCUCGACUCCGGCGUUCAGCGGGCUCUGGCGGCGCGGUGGGUACCGUUCAUCGGCGUGGCGGCCGCGGCAUCGGCGGAGGACGUUCUGAAGUUAUUGGAGCAGUUGGUAUAGAAGUUCAGUUAUGAUGGACCAUGCCAGAUCAGCAAUCUCCAACUUGUUUAGUGGAGAACCACUUUCAUAUACACGCUUUAGUUUGGCCCGGCAAAUGGAUGGUGACAGCAGUCACGUGGAAAUGAAACUGGCUGCAGAAGAUGAAGACAGUGGUGAAAGCACCAUAGAGAAUAAUCGUCCCCAUGUCGUCAAAAAAAAAACCGUUGGUGGAAACAUCUGCUUUGGGCUUAUUGCCAUUACGAUCUUUUUCUUGAUUGGAUUUAUGGUCGGCUACUUGGGUUAUUGUAAACAGCUAGAAAACAAUGUUAAAUGUUCGAAUGGUUCCAGUGGAGGAACAGAGCAAACUCAGGAAGAUGAAAAGGAUGAUUCCCCAGGAGACCUUCCAUUCCUGGAACCUCAACCUGCAUUAUCUUGGAAUGACCUGAAAAGAAUGGUGUCAGAGAGACUGAAUGCUGGAACUCUUGAUGACACAGUCAGCAUGCUGAAUAAGAAGUACCCUUCUCAUGAGGCUGGCUCAAAAGAGGAUGAGAUGCUUGGAUAUUUUAUUUAUCAGCAGUGGAAGGACUUACAAAUGAACAAAGUCUGGAAAGAUAAACACUAUGUUAAAUUACAAGUCAAAGGCAGUGGUCCCCAGAACUCAAUCACCAUAGUGGAUGAGAGUGGAGAUAACAGUGACACUCAGCCUGUAGAUGGUUAUGUGGCAUACAGUGACAAUUCAACAGCAAAUGGUACACUAGUUUAUGCUAAUUAUGGCUUCAGAGAUGACUUCGAGAAAUUGAAGUCAAGAAAUAUUGCCAUAGAUGGAUCUGUGGUUUUACUUAGAGCUGGGAAGCUUUCUUUUGCGGAGAAGGUUGCAAAUGCCCAAGAGUAUAAAGCAGUUGGUGUCUUGAUAUACCUUGCCCGUUCUGACUUUGAUAUCGUUGAGGCAGAUAUUGUACCUUUUGGACAUGCCCAUCUAGGAACAGGUGAUCCCUUUACACCUGGAUUCCCUUCCUUCAAUCACACUCAGUUCCCACCAUCACAGUCAUCAGGAUUACCUAAUAUUCCUGUCCAAACAAUUUCCAGAGCUCUUGCAUCGAAACUCUUCAGUGAAAUGCAUGGAGAGGCCUGUCCUGAAGCCUGGACUGGAGAUCGUGACUGUAAAAUAAGCUCAAACGUGAAUGUGAGACUGACUGUCAACAAUGUACUAGAAGAAAGAAAACUUCUCAACAUUUUUGGCGUUGUCAAAGGCAUUGAUGAACCAGAUCGCUAUAUUGUGGUAGGGGCUCAGAGGGAUGCGUGGGGCCCUGGAGCUGCCAAAUCUCUUGUUGGGACCUCUCUUCUAUUGGAGAUUGCUCGUGCAUAUUCUGACUUGGUGUCUAAAGGUGGGUAUAAACCCAGAAGAAGCGUUGUCUUUGCCAGCUGGAGUGGUGGAGAAUUUGGAUCUAUUGGUGCCACAGAAUGGCUAGAGGGUUACCUUUCCACAUUGCAUCUAAAGGCUGUCACUUACAUCAAUCUGGACGCUGCUGUUGUUGGUUCAAGUAACUUCAGAGUCUCUGCCAGUCCAUUGUUGUACACGCUCAUCGAGAGAAUCAUGAAAGAGGUAAACCAUCCAGUUACAGGACGGCCUCUCUUCAGAGACACUAACUGGAUCAGUGAGGUGGAACCACUUUCAAUGGAAAAUGCUGCUUACCCUUUCCUUGCCUAUUCUGGAAUCCCAUCAAUUUCAUUCCGUUUUUGUGAGGAUAAACCUUACAAAUAUUUGGGCACCAAACUGGAUACUUACGAUAAACUGGCAAAAGAUGUUUCUCCACUGGGAAACCUGAUGUACGCAGCUGCAGAAGUGGUUGUCCAAAUGGUGAUCAGGCUUACCCGAGACCAUGAGUUGUACCUAGAUUAUGAAAGGUACAAUGAAGAGUUAUUCAGUUUUGUCAAGAAGCUUUUGGUGUACAAGUCAGAGUUAAAGAGCCUGAAUCUGAAUUAUGAGUGGAUGUUCUCUGCUCGUGGGGACUUUAGCAGGGCUACCCAUGACCUCACAAAUGACCUCUACCGAUCAGACACUACCAAUAGGCUUGUUAAUAGAGAAAUCAAUGAUCGUAUCAUGAAAGUGGAAUACAGCCUCCUUUCUCCCUAUGUCUCUCCAAGGGAAACUCCUUUUCGUCAUAUCUUCUGGGGAUCCGGCUCUCAUACUCUCUCAGCUUUGUUAGACCAUUUGAAACUUUUGAAGAAGAGAGACAGUAACUUCAAUGAAACACUGUUCAGAAACCAGUUAGCCCUUGCUACCUGGACAGUUCAGGGGGCUGCAAAUUCACUGGCUGGUAACAUUUGGGACAUAGACAAUGAAUUUUAGAUGAAAUUCCCACAACUCAUCUGAGAACAGUAAGGCAGUGUAGUCCUCAAAAGUCAUUACUGGUCUUAUCCAAUAUUUUCAGCAGGACUAUAAAAGUUAAAAAGCUUUGUUAAAAAAAAUUAAAUCCUGCCUAGCAAUUAGUACAAGGUAGGUACUUGUACUUAGUGCCGGGCAAAUGUUUUGCACCCUGGCCAAACUGAACUCAGUCUCUUGAAAAAUUGUUAAGACUUUUCCUUCUAGUUCAUCUGUAGGCUCCAACUAAGGUUAUUCGCAGUGUUAACUGCCUCCCAGCUGAUCCCCUUCACACAACCAAAAGCAGUUGGGGGAACCACAGAUCCAAUAAUGGCCCUAAUCCAACAACUGUUACCCUGAACAUGGGAAGAAAGGUGCCUACUAAGGACCUUGAAUGUCCACUUUAAUGUGUUAUCUCUUGCUGUUGAUCGAGGGAUAAGGUUAUGAGAUGUAUUAGUUCUCUUCCCUCUGAAACAGAGCCAGUCAGGGAGAAGACUAGGACUCCCUUGCCAGGAAUGGCUAAGAUAGAGGUGAUUCACCUGAAUAAAUUGUAUUUGGUGAUUAUCACAGAAGCGUAACCCUGGUAUACCCUAGAAUUCUUCAUUAAUAGAGGAGACUAGAAGCCAAAGAACUUUUUUUGAUAACUUUUUUCUGCUCUCUCUCCUACCUGUCCCCCUUCCCCAAGAAGAAAAUUGGCUUUAGUGACUUUUCCGUGCAGUCCUCUGAACUAUGUCAGAUUGAUAUGGACUAUUGAAAAGAUAUCACUCUUGCUCAGUUUGUCAACUCUAAACUAUAUAUUUGCCAAAUUUUGGCCAAGAAGUUAACCUCAUGGGAAAGCUUUCGAUUAUUUGGCACUGAGAUAUAUUUAUUUGUCUUUAUUUAUCAGUGACAGAGUUCACUAUAAAUGGUGUUUCAUUUUUUUAUAGAAGAUAAUUAUCGGAAGCAGUGCCUUCCAUAAUUAUGACAGUUAUACUGUCGUUUUUUUGAAUUAAAAGCAGCAUCUGCUAAUAAAACUGGACAGAUACUAGAAGUUUUGCAUUUGAUUUGUGUGCUGCCACUGGACAGGUCUUGACUCUAAAAUUUAAACUGACCACAACUUUUUGAGUAAAUGAGAUAAAGUCAAAUUCUUGGAGAUACCCUAUUGUUGAACAGAACAUGUCAGGAUUGGAACAUUUUAGUAAAAUUGGCUUAUUUCUCACAUGUAUUUAGCACAAAGAUAAUGAGGUUGAUGACAUAAACCCAAUUCUAUUAAAAAGAUUUCAGCAGUGAAGGCAUGCCUGCAUUGCCUCAGAAUUUCAGUGCAAAACUUCCAGUACCUCUUUUACAAAUCUAGCUUACAUUAUCGGAAGCAGUGUCUUCCAUAAUGAGUAAAGAACAAGGUAGUUUUUGCCUACCACAGUGUUUAUAUCGGAGACAGUGAUCUCCAUAUGUUACACUAAGGGUGUACGUAAUUAUCGGGGACAGUGUUUCCCAUAAUUUUCUUCAUGCAAUGACAUCUUCAAAGCCUGAAGAUCGUUAGUAUCUAACAUGUAUUUUCAGCAUCUUUUUAUUCUCCCCUUUUUAGUUGCAGAAGCAUACCUUGUAGUCAACAUUGUCUAGUAAAUAGUCAGCCAUUGCUAAAAACUGUUUCAGGUUUUUGUGGGUUCCCCCCCAUUUAAUAUGGGUAUUUUCCUUAUACUUGUGGUUUCUCCAAAUUUUCCGUUAGACUAGUAUGUCAGGGCCUACUUUUAACAAUGAAUGAAUGUGCUUACUUUCCACCUGUUUGCAUUUCUUGUGAACUGGUCCUAAUGAAAGUUAGAACCGACUUGGGUUUGUCUUUUUUGAGUUGGGAUUUUUUAAACCGGAAAGGGGGUGGAGUGGGAGAAGGUUUACGGGGGUCUCUGAACAUGUUUAUUUGCUUAAUAGAAUGGUGGCCAUUGUAGAUGCAAAGAAAUCUGGAGGCAUAUGUGGUUAUGGGGGCUUUACUCUUUAGCAAAUGCCCAUUCUAGCCAUUGGCUCCUUGGAGGUCAUCCAAAAUCAUCACACACCCAGACAAUGGCAGGUCCAUUAAGGUGUCUUCAAGUGAGAUUGUAGAUUCAGGAACUUGAAUUUGUGCCUGUCUGAAUUCUUGUGCAAUCUGAUCUUAGCCUCACCAAUGAUCUAGGGGGGGUAAUUCAGUAUUUCAUAAUAGCCACUUAUGUGAAAGAGGCAACAUAGUUGGGCCCAGUGCUUCUGGACUAAACUUACAGCCUUUAAUAUGUCCUGUUCUUCUUUAGAACCAAGAGCAUGUAUGUCUUAGUAGUACACAGGUUUGAGGAAGGGGUAAUGCUUUUCCUCUGCUUCAAAUUGUUCUUGAUUAAUUGGCCCAAGACAUGUAUCCCUGGGAGUUCAGGGAUGUUCAGAAAAGUCGUAAAAAAGUCCAUCAGUUGAGGCUUAAGGUCAAAGAAGGGACAUCUUGUGCUCGUGGUUCUUUGUUUUGGUGUUGGGUGACAUUUGUCUAGUACUUGCAUGCAUCUCACUGUGCGUAUUUCAUCAAUGUUUAGCCGCUAAAACUUUCACCAGGUUAAAAAUGAUUGUAUUAGACACUCAGCUGUGUUUUUGGUGCAUAGAUUACUGCUGUUACUAGUCACUAGCCGGUAUGUGAAAUAUCGUAGAGGUUUCUUGUUACUUGACUAAAUAAAAUGCCCAAAGACAUUAA